AUGCACCUCCUCAAUGCCACUUUUCAGCAACUCAUCGACCACAGCAACCCCGGCCUCGGCAGCUUUUCCCAGCUGUACUGGUACAACACCGAGUUCUACGCCGGCCCCGGCUCGCCCAUCAUCGUCAGCGCGCCGCAGGAAGCCCACGACACCAGCGGGCUCGUCCUGGACACGGCCCUGCCCGGCAGGUUCGGCAAGGCCAACAGCGCGGCCGUCAUCUCCCUGCAGCACCGGUACUACGGCGACAGCGCGCCGUUCCAGGACCUGACCCUGCCGAACCUGCGGUACCUCAGCGUAAACAACUCCGUCCAGGACCUCGUCUACUUUGCCCGCAACGUCCAGCUGCCCUUUGACAAAGGCGGCGCUUCCGGCCCGGGGAGGGCGCCGUGGGUCCUGGCCGGCUGCUCCUACGCCGGCUCCCUCGCCUACUGGGUCCAGAGGUUCGCCCCCGGCACCUUUUGGGCGUAUUACAGCUCGUGCGCCCCCGUGCAGGCCAUCUCGGACUUCUGGCAGUACUUCCAGCCCAUCCAGGAGGCCCUGCCCGCAAACUGCAGCCGUGACCUGCGCAAGGCCGUCGAGCACAUUGACGGCGUCCUGUCCAACGGGACCGAGGAGGCGCAGGCGGCCCUGAAGACGGACUUUGGCUUUGACGGCACGGUGAGAAACGAUGUGUUUGGCGACUGGAUUGCGCAGCCUCUGCUGAGGUGGCAGGACACGGAGCUUCACGACAACGGCGUGGUGAACCCGGUGUAUAGGUUCUGUGACUACCUCGAGAAUGUUGUACCUGCCAACGAGGACGGCAGUGUUCCCGGCCCGGAAGGCGUCGGCACGGACAAGGCCCUGGCCGGGUACAUGAAGUGGUCUCGGAGCAGAGACGGCCCCUCCUCACGGAACGACACCCCCGCGCCGGCCGACAGCCAGGUUGCCGUCAACAACAGCUACAACCGACAGUGGCUGUGGCUUCUCUGCAACGAACCGCUCGAGUGGGCGCAGGUUUCAGGGCCGCAGGACGCCUUUCGCCUCGUGUCCAAGUUUUUCAACCUCGACUACCGACGCCAGCAGUGCCGCGACAGAUUCCCCGGCCGCGUCGGUCUGGACGCCGGCCGCACGGUCGAGCGUUUCAACGAGUGGACCGGCGGCUGGGACGCGGUGGGCAACACGACGAGACUGAUGUGGGUGAACGGGCAGCAUGACCCGUGGAGAUCGGCAUCCGUGUCCUCCGACUACCGGCCCGGCGGUCCGUUGCGGUCGACCGAGGAGGCGCCGGUGUGGGUGCUCCCCGGGGCGGCGCACUGCAACGACUUUAACAUGGCGAACGCGGAAGCCAGCGCCGAGGGCGGCAAGGUCAUGGGCGAGGUUCUGGAGACGAUGAGGAGGUGGGUUGGCGAGUUUUACCGGCAGCGCAGCAUGGAGGCAGAUUGGGAGAGCGGCUGA